ACAGGCAAAAAUUAUAACCACAAGCAGCUGUUUACAGCGCCGCACGAGGACCUUAUGAGCAGAUUUUGAUUGAAUGUGGACAAACAUCGAGAAAACCCGACGAACUCAGUGCGCCAUUCGCAAAGAGCAGACCCUCCAGUCCAGUCCGCCUGAAACGCGCGUGCAACCCUCUUUUCGCGCAUGCGCAUUGACGCGGUUUGGAACGUGAUGCUGGAGGAGUUGAGGAGAGCGAACGCGUUUCGGAACCUGAGUUGCUGUGUGCCUGCGGGGGCGAUCAGGCCAGCGGCGAGCUCCCCCGGUGGUCCGCUGGUUGGUUCGCCCCGUGAUGCUCGUCUUUCCCUCGGAGGGAAUAAUUCAUGUCGUAAGUCUAACGUGUCGCCGUGAGUCUGGUCACUCGUUCCCAGCAGCGCUUCACCUUCUCUUCGGAUGAAAACGGCAUUUGGUGGUCACGUUGCGCAAAAGAGCCCUGGGCUGAUCGGUCGUAAACCCGCAGUGGACAGAGUUCACUGGAAAUGACCGAGAGAAAAGGUGCUAAUUUGGAUUCUUGGCAUCCGCACCCGGUCAUACAGUGAGCAGACAUGAGAAGGACAUGGGGGAAAGUGAAUAAGUCCCUGAACGCGGCUAUAACAUGGUGCCUUAGUCUUCUCCCGCUUCUCUUCUUCUUCAUCUCAUUUUUCACAUACUACUAUUCCAAUGCCAUAGUUCAGAGUUAUGCCGGCACCAGCAAGUCUGUCAAGAGCCACAACUCUUUGUGUGCCGGCAGGCUGACGCAGAAGAAGUGGGAGAGCCUCGACUUGAACAUUAGCAGGCGGACGCAGCUCUUUCUAAAACUGGAUGAUUUCUUCUGGCGAGAACAUCUGUCAACGUUGCCGCUACCUUAUGGCAUCAAGGGCAGCGAACUGCAGCUGCUGAAAGUUCUUGCAGUAACAGCAAAUUAUCAGAUGCCGGCCAACAUAGACAACCUGGAAUGCAGAACCUGUGUUGUCAUAGGCAACAGCUUUGCCAUUAAAAACACAUCCUUAGGAGGCAUCAUUGACAAAUAUGAUGUGGUCAUUCGACUGAACGACGCUCCGGUGAGGGGCUACGAGGACGACGUCGGGAACAAGACCACAAUGAGAUUCUUCUACCCCGAAUCUGCCUCCUAUAAUCCAGGCUUGAACAACCAGCCUGGCACACUUCAGAUCUUUGUGCCUUUUAAGCAGCAAGAUCUACUGUGGCUCAAAGAGAUCCUCUACAAUGAGAAAAGGGGCAGAAAAGGUUUUUGGAGGCCCCCUCCCCAAAUCUGGUUGGGUGAUUUUGCUCAAAUCCGAGUGCUGGACCCGCACUUUUUGCACCAGACGGCAGAGAAGCUGCUGCGAAUCCCCCUGACCCCCAAGAGUAAACGGAUUCAUCCGACAACUGGAAUCCUUGCCGUCGUCGUUGCCCUUAACUACUGCGAUGUGGUCCACAUAGCUGGUUUUGGGUAUCCAAACUCCAGGAACAUCAAUGACCCAGUCCAUUACUUCGACCAUAAUACUAUGAAAUCUAUGAAGAACUCUUACCAUGACGUCAGUCAUGAAGCCGAAGUCUUAAAAAGACUGGAGGACUCAGGCGCCAUCUUUUACCUACACCCGCAUUCAUGAGGCACGUAUGAUAAGGUUACCAAAUCGAUUUAUGCGUAUGGUCUUCUAACUUCCAUUGUCAUGGUGUGCUGUUAGUGUACAACAAGCCAACGACCUUCUUGUUUUAAUAGUUGUAUUUCUCUUUAAGAAUAUAAAUACACAAUCACAAAUGAUUCGCACAGCAUUUCAUCUGCUCUCGGUUUGCAAAAAUGUCAUUGAAUGGAGUUGUUUAAUUUAUUGUUUUUAAAAAAAAAAUACAUUCGAGUGGUACUGGUACUACUGGAUAAUUUUUGUUGGACAAAAAAAAAAUGAAAAUUUAAAAUAAACUUUUUGUAUUCAAUCAA